CAACAAGUCGCCAUGGCCUACCCGCUUCUAUGGGCGCACUCGCCUGUCUUACUCACGCGUUGUAUCAGAUCCAGCUACAACCCUCAUACCGGUCGAGUCCUGUUUCAAUGGACGCCCUGGCGCCCAAUCACCCAUAGCUAUAGCGCCGGCCUUCCUCUAUCAGGGAACGCUGAUUGCGAAGGUCAGAAUCCGUCUCAACUCUAUGUACCUUUCAGAGGAGAUUGGGCGUAUAUAACCUCCUGUGGACACAAUCGACCUCAGCACAGCGAUCAUGGCGCCUUUCACCCCUCUUUACAUCGAUGGACAGAACGUACCUGCAACCGGCGAUGCAACGUACGAGGUCCGCAACCCGCUGACGGGCGAUGUCGUCGGUACGGCGGCGGCAGCGACCUACGAGGACUCCGUCACCGCCAUCGAAGCUGCGCACCGUGCGUUCAAGACGUGGAAGAAGACCACCCUGGACUCGCGUCGCGACAUCUUCAACAAGGCUGCUGAUCUGCUCGCGGGGGACAAGUAUAAGGCGAAGAUCGCGAUUGCGCUCAAGGAGGAGGUCGCUGCGACGCCAAUCUGGGGCUACGCGUGCUGGCUCGCCUCGCAGGGUGACCUGCGGGCUAGCGCGUCCAUGAUCGAGCGUUUGCGUGGCGAGUACUUCCCCUCGAGUACGGCAGGCGGGCAUGUCCAGGUUAGGCGGAAGCCGUGGGGUGUGGUUUUUGGCAUCGCGCCCUGGAACGCCGGGCCCGCACUUGCUUUUCGCGCCAUCUCGUGCGCAAUCCUAUGCGGUAACACCGUUGUCCUCAAAGCUUCGGAAGCGACGCCUCGCACACACGCUGUCGUCGCCGAACUCUUCGAGGAAGCCGGUCUACCGAAAGGGGUUCUCAAUUUCUUGUCGAUCUCCCGAGAGGCAUCGCCUGAGUUGGUGUCGAAGAUCAUUGCGCAUCCGCUGGUGCGACAUGUGAAUUUCACGGGAAGCGACCGAGUAGGCAAGAUCAUCGCAGUUGAGGCAGCCAAGAACCUCAAGCCGGUUGUGCUCGAGCUCGGUGGCAAGGCGCCGGCUGUGGUCCUAGACGAUGCAGACCUCGAGUCGGCGGCCAAAGCAAUCAUCUGGGGCUCUAUGAUCAACUCUGGUCAAGUUUGCCAGUCCACCGAGCGCGUCAUCGUGCAGCGAGGCGUCGCCGAGGCGCUGGCAACGAAGAUGGUUGCCCUCGCGCAGAAUGUCCGCGCGGGCAACAGCUACACCGACGGCGCUAAGCUGUCUGCUGUCUUCAGCGAACCUGCGGCAGAGAGCAUCAUUAGCCUCAUCAAAGAGGCGCAGGACGAGGGUGCUGUUGUUCUUCUGGGUGAUGUGACCCGCCAGGGCACUCUGGUCCAGCCGCAUAUCGUGAAGAACGUGAAGAAGGGGAUGAAGAUCUGGGAGAAGGAGACCUUCGGUCCUGUUGUAAUCAUUGCCGAGGUCGACACCCUAGAGGAGGCCGUCGAAUGGGCGAACGCAAGUGAUUAUUCGCUGACGUCCGCUGUAUGGACACAGGAUAUCGACAGGAUAGAGGCGGUCGCGCCUGAGAUCAACGCAGGCUUCACCAACAUCAACGGGCCAACGUUCCACCGGGAGUCUCUGAUUGCGGUACAUGGCUUCGGUGGGGCUUCUGGCUAUGGCAGAUUCGAUGUCGAUGCCUUCACCGAGAAGCAUGUUCUCGUCACGCAUUCCCGAGACCGUCAGUAUCCUGGAGUCUUCUAAAUAUGCGUCGCCUCAAAGCAUGCAGGAUUCUUACUGUAUGCACCAAAUUGUAUGUACACCUAUUAUGUCCAAUGAGAUAACUCUGCCACAA